GCGCUGUGCCUGAUCUGGCGGUUCGUCAGAUUUUUGGCAAGCAAAAGCUCCCAGAGAACCUGCGCUUGCUCAUGGCUGACUCCUCCCUGCUCUCGAUCGAGAGGAUCGCGAUGCUGGGGGACACCAUCUCCCAGGCCAAGACUACGCUCAAGGCCAUUGUCAAUGAUGAUACAAAGUUUGGAGCGGACAACCGCUCGCGAGCUGUCUCUCACUUUGCUGGCGGUGAAGACCACGCUGAAUUCCGGGAGACGUUCGUCUCUGCUCACCCAGACGUCAUCCUCACCUAUAUGCGGGAGCCCCAUCGCAAGUUCGUGGAGCGGAUCUACCGCGACUACAUGGUGCACGGCUCCGUCAGCUAUUAUGAGGUGGCCGAGAUGCGCACGCGCAGCGAUCGCCUGGUCCAGACCACGGGCUUCAGCAAGACCUCCGAUCUGCUCAAGGUGGUCCAGCACGACAACAAGGCUGCGAUCGCGGCGGAGUCCGACGUCUUGGACCGCUUGCAUGCGUUCUUUGUGGCCCUCGAGUACCUGAACAUUUGCGACUUCACCUUUGCCGCGG